AAAUUUUAGGGGAUGAUUGGUUGGAGCUGUAGAUGCUCUGGACAGCCAAAAUUUAGUCUACAGCUAUAUAUCUCAACCAAUCGAGCUUUGCUUUCCUUAAAAAGCUCACAGCAAAAAAAUCUCUGCAAAAUCAAAAUAUGGCUGUAGAGAGCUUUAUUUCCAGAGCAAAAAAAUAGUGCUUUAGAAAUCUACAGCAAGGAAAGCUACAGCAAAUAAAUCUACAGAUUAAAUUCUACAGCAAAAAAAUAUAAAGCUACAGCACUUACCAAUCAUCCCCUUAAUAAUAUAUAUGAACCGGACAAAAGAAGCAUACCUUAAAGAUAUGAACCGGACAAUAAGCUUUCCCACCCAAAAAAAACCUUAGCUUCAAUCGAAUGAGUUAUUGCCUAUUGGAUAUGAUUGAGUUAUUAAUAUACUCAACCAAAUUUCUUUUCACAAGUUAUUUAUAUUACAUUAAUAUAUUAUAUAUACACACACACUCAUGUACAUCAGUUUCACCUCGGCCCAUUCCUCUUUCAGAACCAAAAAGAUGAAAACCUUAUCACAAAUCGAAAUCAUUUUCCUCUCCAUUGCUCUUCUUCUCUUCAUCACAAGCUCAGCAACUCCAUCAACAUAUUCAAAUCAAACGAACUUAGAUUACAUCAAAACAUCAUGCAACCUCACACACUACAAAACCCUUUGCUACAUCUCUCUAUCUCCUUACGCCUUAAAAAUCGAUUCCAACCCUCAAAGACUCGCCGUCACAGCCCUCAAUCUCACCCUCUCCUCAGCCAAUUCUGCAGCCAAGUUCAUCAAGAACAUUCCUCACGGCAGAGGUGGACUAACACGUUUCGAAGCGGGUGCGGUUGCUGAUUGUGUGGAGGAGAUUGGAGACUCGGUGAGUGAACUCCAAGAUUCAAUAAGAGAGUUGGAUUCGAUCAACUACGAGGAUAGUUCGAAAUUUGAGAUGGUUAUGUCGGAUGUUGAGACAUGGGUUAGUGCUGCUCUCACUGAUGAUGACACUUGUAUGGAUGGUUUCGGCCAAGAUGGUCGAGCCAAAGCGGUCGUGAAAGAUUUGGUUCGGCGACAUGUUGUAAAGGUUGCUCGGCUGACUAGCAACGCGCUUGCUGUCAUUAAUAUGUACGCGUCCACACAUGAAAAAUGAUCAUAAAUGUUCAUAUAUCUUUCUCUUUUUCUUUUCUUUUUAAAUGUUCAUAUAUCAUAUACAAAAUUGUUUUAUAACUUCUAUUGGCAACAUUGCUUAUGUUUCAUGUUUAUAUGUAUACCAUGUACUUUGUUAUAGGUAUUGUGCAUUUUCAUGUAUACAUAUUUCAAUAAUUUUAUAAUGAAGUUUUGUAUAUUUUGCGUU